CUAAAAAGAAUACAAAUUUCCUAAACCGAAAAGAAAAAGAAGAGCUAAGCUGAGCUAAGCUAAAGCCAGCUUUUGCUGCCCUCUUCUUCUUCUUCUUCCCUGUCCUCUCUCUUAAAAAACAACAUUUUAUACUUAAAUCUUCCAUUGUUGAACUGUACUUUGGUUUCAGAAGAUGGGUAAAGAAAAAGAGAACUGCAAGAAAAUGUUGAUAGGAAUAAACUGCGCAGCAGAGCUUAAACUUCUCUUAACUGCACUUCUACUUCUCUGCACCAUUGCUACUCUUCUCCAGUUCCUCCCUUCUCGUUUCACCAUCUCCACCUCCGAUCUCCGCUUCUGCAUCUCCAAAAUCACCACCACUACCACCACCAUCACCACCGCCGCCACCGCCAUUUCCCCAGACUCCAUCUUAAAUUCCUCCGCAUCUCCACCACCUUUACAACCACAAGAAGAGCUCACUAACAGCACCACCCUCAAACGAGUCUUCCACCCCUACGGCGCGGCCGCGUAUAGCUUCAUCACCAUGGGAGCUUACAGAGGCGGCUUCAACACAUUUGCUGUCAUAGGCUUAUCCUCAAAGCCGCUCCAUCUCUACGCUAAACCAACUUACAAAUGCGAGUGGGUUCCGUUCAACUCAACCGCACCGUCAACCACCGCCGUCGCUUACAAAAUCCUCCCCGACUGGGGCUACGGCCGCGUCUACACCGUCGUGGUAGUAAACUGCACGUUCUCAGAGCCAAUAAACUCAGACAACUCCGGCGGAAAGCUCUUCUUACAAGCGUCAACUUCCGGCGGCGGUGACAGAGAUUUCAACACGACAGACAGAUUCGAAGUGCUGGAAGAAAAACCCACCAAUUUGAACUUAAAUUUGUUCACCCAGAAGCCAAAGUAUGAUUAUUUAUACUGUGGGUCGUCUCUGUACGGAGCUUUGAGUCCACAGAGAGUCAGAGAAUGGAUAGCUUAUCACGUUAGAUUAUUCGGUGAGAGAUCUCACUUUGUGAUUCAUGAUGCCGGCGGUGUUCAUGAGGAGGUUUUAGAGGUUCUAAAGCCGUGGAUUGAGUUGGGGUAUGUGACAUUGCAUGAUAUUAGAGAUCAAGAGAGAUUUGAUGGGUACUAUCAUAAUCAGUUCAUGGUGGUUAAUGAUUGUUUGCAUAGAUAUAAGUUUAUGGCUAAGUGGAUGUUUUUCUUUGAUGUUGAUGAGUUUAUUUAUAUCCCACCCAAGAAUACUGUUAAGUCUGUUCUUGAUUCUCUCUCGGAUUAUAAUCAGCUUACCAUUGAGCAGAUGCCUAUGAGUAGCAAGCUCUGCCUCUCUGCUGAUUAUGGCAGAUAUUACAGGAAAUGGGGAUUUGAGAAGCUUGUGUAUAAAGAUACAAAGAGAGGUAUAAGACGGGACCGAAAAUACGCAAUCCAACCUCGCAACGUAUUUGCAACGGGUGUGCACAUGUCCCAGAACCUAGUUGGGAAGACUACCCACAAAACAGAGAGCAAGAUCAAAUACUUCCAUUAUCACGGAACUAUCGCUCAGAGGCGAGAACCGUGCCGGAAAUUACUCAACGUUACGGAAAUUAACUUUGAAAACAACCCUUAUGUUCUGGAUUCCACAAUGCGAGACAUUGCUUGGACUGUGAAGAAAUUUGAGCAGAAAAUGAUCGGUUCAAGAUUACAAAAUACUCGGCAGUGAUAGAAUAAAUUAUGCAUAUUUGUUACUUAUUUUCUUGAUCAUAGGAUUAUUUCUUCAUUAAUUUAUUUAAUUUCAUCUUUGAGUAGAACAGAUAAAGAAAGAUUCCCUUGUAUGAUAAUGUUUCUUUUAUUGAUGAGUAUAUAUAAAUUAUUACAUUUCAUA